AUGCUCCAGUACCCAAUCCAAUCUAUACCUCACAUUUCCGACUCGAAAUUCUCGUAUAGACCAUCCACUUCCCCAGGUGGCCUGAGCUUUACGUCGCUGUCGGCAUCGAGCGAUGGGGACCUUCUUCCUGACUUAUGGCUGGACUGUCAGCAGGAAGCAAACAACCAAUAUCAAUAUUCUCUCCAACAAACGCAAUUGUCGCAAUUUCCACAAGUUUCGCAGAUGUCGCAGCACCAAAUGUUGGCAAUAGGCGUUCAACAGCAACAGCAACAAGUCCAAAGUCCAAUUGCCCACAUGCUGGUCUGGAAUUCGGACUAUGUGCCCGAAGCAAGACUCCCAUUUCCAAAUUCGUUCACUAACGAACUUUCAGAUCUCACCGAGGAAAACUUGCUCAAGUAUGAUCCAUCGGUAGAUUCCCCUCCAACCGAUUACGCAUAUAACACUAGAAACACCUCAGUUUCUGCCCACUCUUGCGAAGAGUUGUUUGAUUUUGAGCAACAACAGCAACAUUUACAUCAACAGCAUCAACCUCCCAUUAUUUCGAAGCAGAAGCCACAGUCUGUCAAUACCCAGUUGUAUAAGACUGAGUUAUGUGCCUCGUUCGUUAAGGUGGGUGUAUGCCCUUACGGGAAUAAAUGUCAAUUUGCGCACGGAAGAAGCGAAUUGAAAAUUGUUGACAGACCACCAAAGUGGAGAUCUAAGCCAUGUGCCAAUUGGUCCAAAUACGGAUCAUGUCGUUAUGGAAAUAGAUGUUGCUUCAAGCAUAAUGAAUAA